AUGGAUACAAGUGAAUUUAAGCAACAAUCUACAGACAGCCACCAUCAGGCUCGCAAGUCCUUGGCAGCUGGCAAAAGCCCAAGCCGCUUUGGAAGGCUGUUCACCUCGCUUGGUUUCCACAGAGGAUACAACGUACCACUGUUUAUUAUCCUUGCAGGGGCCAUGGUUGGUUUCAGUCUGGCAAGGCUUCAGUAUCUCGACGUAGGUCGCCGAUUUCGAGAAGGCUCCUCUCCCGGCGAAUGGUACUGGUACAAAACAGGAUCUCGGCGCGUGGGAAUAACACUGCACCUGGCUGGAGUAAUUCCUGCUGGCUUGUUAAUGGUGUGGCAAUUCGUUCCUGCGAUUAGACACCGAUGCUUAUUAUUCCACCGCAUCAAUGGUUAUUUGGUGAUCCUGCUCCUCCUUGUUGGCAAUGUCGGUGCCUUGAUGAUUACACGCCGGGCAUUCGGUGGUGAUCUGGCAACACAAGGAGCAGUUGGCGUGCUUGUGAUUUACACCACUACGGGCAUGGCUCUUGCGUAUUAUAAUGUCAAGAUGCUCCAGAUUGAUCAGCAUAGAGCAUGGAUGCUCCGAACAAUGGUGAUUAUGGGAGUUAUCAUCACGACUCGCAUUAUCAUGAUAAUAGCCGCACAGGUGGUCACGGCCAUCGGGUCUUAUAACGUCAUCAUGAGUUGCGGAGUGUUGUCAUCCAUGCACGGAUCUUCGUACCUCGUGGAGAAUUAUGCAAACUGCUUGUCGAACUCAAGGGUUCUCAAGGAUGGGCUCAAUAUCGUCCAUGUCAAUUUUGGGGAUCGUGCGGAAGAGAUUGGCGCUUCAUUAAGAAUCGGAUUUGGCAUGUCCCUGUGGAUCUCAAUCUUUCUCCAUGGAGUUGGAGUCGAGGUUUACCUGGCACUGACGCCAAGAGAAGCUCAGAGGCUGCGAGAGGUUUCCUAUGAGAAGCAGCUCGAAGCCGGCUUGGAGAAUCCAGGGUCUGCAGGUCUCGUAAUCGAGAAGUUUGGGGACGCCGACGACUGGAAAAGGAGGCGUUGA